UUUUCUUUUACUAAACAAGUCUUACAUACUCAAAAGACUAUUCAUUCAUAACCAAUGGGUUUUCAUUGCAAGUCAUCAACAAACUCUCAUCUUCAUUCUUCAAUAUUAUUCUUUCAAAUCAUCACGAUACUGUUAGUUCUGCCUAAACCUACAAAUUCGAUCUCCUUUAACUUCCCGAAUUUCGCAAGGAUUGAUCGACGAAUAAAAUUCCAAGGAGAUUCAAUCAGGAACGGUAGCUUCAUUGACGUAACCAGGAACAACGCUAGUCUUUAUACGCACCGUGACGGUAGUGUAGGCCGUGCCAUUUACUCACAACCUAUACAACUUUGGGAUGCCACCACGGGAAGGCAGACAGAUUUUGAGACACAAUUCUCAUUCGUCAUUGAUGGACAUAAUGAGACUAUUGUUGGUGAUGGUAUGACUUUUUUUCUUGCACCUUUCGGGUCUGCACUUCCUCCAGAUUCUUGGGGUGGAGCUCUUGGCUUAUUGACUCGGGACGUAUCUGAAAAGAACUUGACGACAAAUCAAAUUGUCGGGGUUGAGUUUGACAGUUAUAAAAACGAAUUUGACCCAAGUUCAGAUCAUGUUGGUAUUAAUGUUAAUUCGGUAGUAUCUGUGGCUACCGUGGCAUUAGAAAAUGGUAGUAUAAGGGAUGGAAGAAAAGCUAAUGCUUGGGUAACUUAUAAUUCUACUACGAAAAAUUUGAGUGUCUUUCUAACUUAUGCUGAAAAACCUGUUCUCAAUAGGAGUUCUACUUUGAAUCAUGUUGUUGAUUUAAGCAAAGUUCUACCAGAGCAGAUUACUGUUGGAUUUUCAGCGGCCACCGGGUUGUUUUUUGAGGAUCAUAAAGUCCUUUCCUGGAGAUUUAAUUCCACUUUAGAAUUAAUCGAGGUAAGAAAAGAUAAUAACAAAACUGGUGAAGGAAAUAAUUAUCAGACAAUAGCACCAACAAUAGCACCAACAAGUACACAAGGGAAAGGUAAUAAAACUGAUGAAGGAAAUACUGAUCAGAACAUACCACCAACAAGUUCACCAGGAACAGGUAAUACAACUAGCUCGGCGGUUGGUCUUGGUGUUGGCCUUGGUGUUUUAGGUUUUGGGCUUGGAUUUGCUUUGUUUAUCUAGUGGAAGAGAAGAUGCAGCUCAAGACAUUAUAGAAAUGCUACUUAAAUCAUAGAAUUUUGAGUAUGUAUACAUAGUAAGAUUCCGGGAAACGUAAAAGGAAACCCUGAGUGCAGGCCUAAAUCUAUAAGGAGAAGAGUUAAGAGGAAGUACAAAGUGAAUAUUCCAUAUCGAACAACUUGGCAUGCUAGGAGGAGGUGUUUAGAGAUCAUAUUGGUAAGAUUUAAAGAUCCUUAUGCAAAAGUUCUUGAGUUGUGUGAGCAAAUAAAGAAGGACAAUCCCGAUAGCAUUGCUUCAUUCGGUAGAGAUAGUAGAACGAAACUGUUCAG